UGUCUUUCACACGAGAACACCAACCUUCUGUGCCAGCGCCAGCGCAUCUAAGCGAUCGCGUUUUCGAUUGAUUACUCGUCGGCAUUCUUCAACGUGACUACGCAACGACCCGAGACCCCCCGUAUACAUAUUACUCUUGCACCUUCGCCAGAACCUCGCAGGGUGUCCACGACAACUGCAAGCACAGGAAGAAGCAUGAUGGCCGCACCUUAUGAAGUCCGCAUGAACGAUAACGGCAAGAGCAAGAAACAGUCGAUGGCAGAGCUUAAGCUUAGGCGGCUUACUGAGCUCAAUCAACGACUGCAAGAAGACCUGAACCGGAGAAGGAUACCAGUCUCGGAGGCUGCUGCGGACUUGAUCGCGUUUACAGAUAAAGAGCCAAAGGACUUCAUGGUACCAAGUCGAUGGGGCACUGUUGACAAGCGCGAUGACCCAUAUGCGCCACAACCCCAGGGCGGCUGCUGCACCAUGAUGUAAAGCCGUACAAGGCGGUCUUAGCUUGC